UGUUCCUGAGACUGUGGGGAUUGAGAGAGGAAGUGAUGUCACUGUGGGAACUGCUCUGUGGGGACAGGGACGUCCCUCUUCCUCUGCUCCUGCUCACAAUGACCCUGAUCUGUCAAAGCUCCCAUCCUGCCCUGACUCUGCCAUGGGCACCAGGCUCCUCUGCUGGGCUGCCCUGUGCCUCCUAGGGGCAGAUCACACAGGUGCUGGAGUCUCCCAGUCCCCCAGUAACAAGGUCACAGAGAAGGGAAAGGAUGUAGCGCUCAGGUGUGAUCCAAUUUCAGGUCAUGCUGUCCUUUACUGGUACCGACAGAACCUGGGGCAGGGCCUAGAGUUUCUAAUUUACUUCCAAGGCACGGGUGCAGUAGAUGACUCAGGGCUGCGCAGUGGUCGGUUCUCUGCAACAAGGCCUGAGGGAUCCGUCUCCACUCUGAAGAUCCAAUGCACAGAGCAGGGGGACUCAACCACGUACUUCUGUGCCAGCAGCUUAACCACAGCGUGGCACAAUCGCCUCCUUCCUGCUCACAAACCUCCUCCUCUCUCUCCUUGCUUCCUUAUGAUACUAUUUUGCAUCCUCAUCUCACAACGCUCCUCUGCCUCUUCCAGAAUCAUUGCUUGCAUGUCUGCUGUUCAGAUCAGCAGAUGUAGUGGUGGCAGCAGGACCAAAGUUGAUGUCACAGAAGGGUACAGUGUCUCUGGAAACAAGCCUGAGCAUUUCCCCCUAAGCCUGGCAUCCACCAGCACCAGCCAGACUUCUCUGCACCUGUGCGGCAGUGCAUCCACAGCCCUGUACAGCCAGCUGCUCUCUGCACCAAAAGGGCAGCCACAGGUUGGAGGUGGGUACUCCUUACGGAAGGCCCUGUCUCAACCAGAAGAAAAAGCUGCCCUUUAUGAAGCUCUUCCCAGACUUCCCAGCAAUGGGAUCUCAUUCUAUGUGUGCCCUGAAGCAUGA